ACUACGACGCUAUUGUGGUCGGUGUCAGCCUCAAAAUAGGCAAGGGAUAUUUCACUGAAGAGAAGAAUCACAUAAUUGAGGAAUUAUUAUUAUGACUCUGGUGCCAGAUGGUGUCUGUCCGACGUAAACUGACAUUUUUUUCCAGAGUCUGUGGGGUAACCUACCUCGCUGAUGGUGCUGCUUUGUUUACCAUAGUCUUUGCCGAGAUGCAUCAGCGAGCUAGGGGAUCCGAAGCGUUAAUUCUCAGUAAGUACAUUUUCACUUAGAUCUGUCGUUCUCCAGCUGAGGCCUUAAUUCCGAAUGAGAACACUUGCGCAGUGCAGCAGUGCUUGUUUACCUUUUCAACCGGGUUUUGGAGGAUUUGGCAUCUUAUCACUUAUUUCGCGAGUGCACAUAUCGAUGGACUUGAUGCAGACGUGUGCCUCCAGAUGUAACACUGCAGCUGCUACACGGAAUGCUACAGUGUUGCAAAUCUAAACGUCACCAGACAAUAUAGUUUCAGCCGUUUCAAAUGAAAAACAAACCGUAUCAACUCAAAUUAACGCCACCAUGGGAGAAAGAUGUUGGAUUUGGCAGGAAACCCAGAACCUACCGGAGCAAUACGAAGAUCAUAGCAAAUCCCGGAUUUGUUAUGAAAGUGCUGCGCAAAAAGAGAAUAAUUAUGUUACUAGCGUACUUUCUUCUUGUAGCCUUGACCAUGUUGAACCUGGCUAACUACAAAUGGACUAAAGAGCCACAACAAUGUAACCAUCACAUGCAGAGCACGACUUUUCAGAGCCGGUCUGAUAUCCGUUUUCUUUACAAAGCCCCUCAAACCAGAAAAAGACAGCUGGUCUAUGUACUGACAACAUGGCGAUCAGGGUCGUCUUUUUUCGGAGAACUGUUCAACCAGAACCCCGAUGUAUUCUUCCUGUACGAACCUAUGUGGCAUAUAUGGCAGAAGCUCUACCCCGGUGAUGCGGUGUCUCUCCAGGGGGCGGCCAGAGACAUGCUGAACUCCCUGUACCGCUGUGAUUUCUCCGUGUUUCAGCUGUACAAUAGCCCAGGCGGCAAGAAUGUAACUUCUCUUGGAGUCUUCGGUGCCACUCUCAACAAAGUCAUGUGUUCUUUGCCUCUUUGCACAGCGUACAGGAAAGAUGUGAUUGGAAUGGUUGAUGACAAGGUGUGUAAAAAAUGUCCCCCUCAGAGUCUCAGGAUGUUGGAAGAAGAGUGCUUGAAAUACAACACAAUAGUGAUAAAGGGAGUACGCAUCUUGGAUGUCAACGUACUGGCUCCUUUAAUGGAAGACCCCUCCUUAAAUCUGAAGGUGAUUCAUUUGGUUAGAGACCCUAGGGCCGUUGCCAACUCAAGGAUUAAAUCUAGACACGGGCUGAUCCGUGAGAAUUUGCAGGUGGUUCGCAGCAGGGACCCCAAACUUCGCCGUAUGCCAUUUGCUGAUCCAGGCCAUAAGGGCAACAAAAAAGACGGCUCCGACUACCAUUCUAUUGGAGCUAUGGAAGUGAUAUGUGACCGUACAUCAAGGACUCUAAAAACAGCUGUAAAUCCACCCAGCUGGUUUAAGGGAAAAUACAUGACUGUGCGUUAUGAGGAUUUAGUGGAAAAUCCCAUCAAAGCAGUGAGGAACAUUUAUCGCUUUGUCAAUCUUUCAAUAAAUCACGACAUUGAGUCUUUUGCCUUGAAUAUGACAAGUGGGACUACUUCAUCUUCAAAGCCAUUCCUCGUCUCCUCCAGGAAUGCAACGAUAGCUGCAAGUGCAUGGAGGACUGUCCUCAGUUUCCAGCAAAUUAGACAGGUGGAGGACUUUUGCCACCACUCCAUGUCUUUGCUUGGAUACAUUCGUGCCCGAACAUCUGGGGAGGCUAGAGAUUUGAGUAAACCACUGCUGACAGUGCCCAAACUGUAACAUUGUUGCCACCAAAGACAGCAUGCAAUUUCCAUGUAUUUAACUGUUGGUUACUUACAACUUAAUUGGUCCUUACAAAGGUGUUUGUAAUGUGUGUACCCCCACAUGCAUUGCUGGAAUGUAUAGCUUGUUUCAACGCUAUUGUAAUUUUUUGGGACCACCAAUGUUACUGAGACAAAAAUAUGUCUUAUCACAAAAGAGUGAAAAGAAAACACUGAUAAAA